AUGUGCAUACUUUACUUAUUUAUUUAUUCAUUUAUAAUUUUCAUUCAAAAAAAGCUAAUAUAUUGUUAAAAAAAUUAUUUAUACCAUUAAUUUAUAAAAUAAGUUGCUUAAUAGAAGUUAUUCAAGUAAAAAUUCAUAUUUAGCCAAUAACAAUAAGCAAAUAAGUUAAUUACUGAAAUGAUAUUGUAGCGCGAAGGAAGAGAAGUAGAUGAAGCGACUUAUAUUAAGAGCUCAGAUGCUAUGCAAAGGAUGUAAAGAAUAGCAGAUAGAUUGAUAAGUGUAACCCCAGAGAUAUCAAAAUUUCUUCCUUAAGAUAGUGUUCUGCGCACAAACAAAAUAUCUGCAAUAUAAAAUAAAAAUGAAGUCUUGUAAUAAAAUAUAAAUAACAAAAACCUAUAAAAAAUAAGAGAAAUUACUACAGGAUUACCUCCAAUGAAAGCAGAAAUGAGCUCAGAAGAUGUUAGAUAAAGAGCAUUAGAUAUAGAGCAGCUACUUGAAACAUAGAAGUAAGAAAAUGAGAAAUUAAAAAACGAUCUUGAAAAUAGGAAAGAUAGAUAUGUCCAAAGAGAGUUGGAAUAUAGAAAGAUUAUUGAAGAACUGUAAAAUGAAAUAAGAUAAAAGGCAGUUCUUGAUUUAAAUGAAGCAAAAAAGAUGGAAUUAGCUACUAGAUACCAUCAAGAAAUAUUAGAUAGAAUUUCAAAACUACAAGUUAAAACAUCUAAUGUUCUCAUUGAUUAAGAGAAAACAGUUAUAAGAUUUUUUAAUGAUAAAAUUUAAGAAAUUAAGAAAUAGUUUGAAGAUGAACGUAUAAAAAAGGGAAAAAAAGAUCAAGAUUACAUUUAAAGAGAAAAUUAACUUAUAUCUGAAUUAGAAUGGAUUGAGAACAUAGCUUAAAAAAUUGAUAAUGAAAAUAUAAAUUUGAUGAAAAAAUUUAUGGACUUAUAGGCUCAAUAUUAAACCUAAGAGAACGAUAGAGACAUGCUCCUAAAAGAACUCAUUAUGAAGAAAAAAUAAAAUGCUAUUUUGAAAAGUUAAAUUGAGAAUUAUGAAAAAAUGCUCAGCUAAGUUCAAAAAGAAGAAGAAAACGAGGAACAAGAAGAAAGAAAUAAAAAUUAGAUUUCACAUUUGGAUAAUUAGAAUAAUUUUUUACAAUAAUCCAAUCAUAAUUAAUCUUAAUAGGAUGACAUUUCUGUAGCUUCUUCAAAAAAAAAAUCAUUAAAUUAAUCUUAAAAUAUUAGAAUAAGAACCACAAAAUCUACGAAUUGGGUGAUGAAAAAGUAUCAAUAGCAGCAAAACAGCGAUUAAAAAGAUACCUCUCAAUUAUAAAAAAGUACAUAGUUUAAAUAAAAUUACAAUAUUGUAAACAAUCCUAAUAUGGAUCAAAGUAGCCUCCAAUUGUAAAUAAAUGAAAAAAAAAUUAAAGAAAUAUAAGCCCAAUUAAGACAAGAAUAAAAAAGAAUUAGAGAAUUAAAGCAAUCAUAUGUGAAAGAAUUGUUACAAAAAUCAGAUUUAGAAAAAAUUAUUAGAAAAAGUGUAGAAGAUAUCAAAGAGGAAAUCAUUUAAUUGAAAGGAGAAAAUAGAGUAAUUUUAAAUAGUUAAGAAUCUCAAGUUAUUCGUGAUAAGAGAGAUAUUAUGAUUGACAAACUCUUAAAUAAUGAAAAAAUAUUAACUCUUAUAUAUGAUAAAACUUUCUACCCAGAAUCUAAAAAUAUCGAUGCCAACUUCCCUGAUGAAGAUAUCGAUCCAGAGAUCCUUGCUUUAAGGCUAAGCAAAAAGACAUAGCAAGAUAACAAAAUAUAUAAUUUAAAUGAAAUAGAUCAUGACAUCGAAUAGUUGGAAUGA